CUUUGCCCACUCUCCUUCCUAGAUCUUUGCAGGUAAUGUCUGCCACCUGGCUGGGAAUGUACACCUGGAAAAGGCCUAGGAAAGGAUGACAGGCGUAAUCACAGUUAUGGAAAGACUUCUGGAGGAGUAAUUACAUGGUUGGGAAUUCUCACCAGCAGGAGAAAGGGGUCAGCAAUGGUGCAGGCCUGUGAAACCCUUAGGGCAGAAGAGGUGAAUAAGGAAUAUCUGUUCAUGGACUCUUUCAGUGCAAAAAUUGGCUGCUGUCAAAUGAAGUGAGCAGGUGGCAGAUGAGAAGCAAGCAGGAGGCAGCUCACUGAAGAUGUAGUGAACCGGAUGAAAGGGUCCCCUCAAAGUAAAAGGUGCUUCCAGAAAUCUCCCCGUGCAUCCAAUGGCACAGCUCCAUCUUCACUGGCUGCAGGAGUGAGACCCAAAUCUCCAGGAAUUCAGCCACCAAAGGCAAGUGACUCUGCUGCAGAGCAUGAACUCUACAGGAGGUAUGAGCAAGAGCAGGCACUGGUCCAAGAGGAGUUGCUCCAUCUGGCCAGAAGAGAAAGGGAAGCAGCCAGUGAGGCCAAGGAAAGGAACAGCAUUAAUGAGGAGAGGCAGAGAACAGCCCAGAUGCCUGUGGAUUUGGACGCCUGGGCUAUGGAGCUGCAAGAUAGGGAGGCAGAGUUGAAGCUACAAGAGGCCUUCUAUAAAGAUCAGUUGGCUCGCAUUGAGAAGAAGAAUGCAGAGAUCUACAAGCUGACAUCCGAGCAGUAUCAGGAGGCAGCCGCCAAGGCAGAGGAGCAGAUAAAGAGGAGGAACGCUGAUCCUGUCUGUUCAAACCUGCAGUCUGAAAUUCUGAAGUGCUACCGAGAAAACAAACAUGAAGUGCUCAAAUGCUCGGAGCUGGCGAAGGAAUAUCAGCGCUGUGUUAGUGCAGCUCAGAAGGAGCUGUUAGUUAAUUCUGGAUAAACAUCACCCGCCAAAGAGCAGUGGACAAGGAGCAGAGACGCCCUUGGAAGCCCCAUCAUCCUGGACAGACACUGACCCCUACCAGUGCCUUCUGCCCUCCAUGACCAAGACAAUACAACAUGAUUCCUCUUCUAACUGCCUGCAUGUAUCAGUCUCAGUGGAUGUUUCUGGAGUUGGGAGAAGGGUCCCAAGAGGGGGGAAAUGCUAUAAUUUCUUUUCACUUUUUGGGAUGUAAAGAAUUGUGCUGCCCCCAGGUGCUUUCAGCACAUCUUGUAGCUUGGAGUGAUGCCCCAACAUAAACCUGGUUCACCCAGUCCCAACUUUGGUUUCACCAACCUACAUCUGCGUUUCAAGAGCUGUUGCCUCUGUUUGUUUGCUCUGGAGAAGGGUUCUGAAGUAUUUGGAAGUAACCCUGAGCAGCUUGUUAGGAUUAACUGUUCCUAGCAUGCUCCCAUUGGUUACAGCAGCAAGCACUUUCCUUCUCUUCCAAGGUUCCCUCCUAAACAAUAAAGUGUUUAACAGUCA